ACACAAAAAACACAAACAACAAAGAACAAGUCUCCGACGACUCUGUUUUUCUCUCUCUAAAAACACAUACAUUUCUCACUCUCUCUUUCCUCCAAAUUACGUGAUUACCUUCUCUAACUUUCUUCUUCUCGUUCAGACGACUUCUUCAAACUCUCAAUUUUUAUUUAUUUAUUUUUGAUGAAUCAAGGAGUUUUUUGAGUUACAACUUCAUCAAAGUGUCAUAUACAGAAUACAGGAAGAAGAAUUCAAGGGUUUAUUCUGUUUGUAACUAUAUCAAUGCAACAGUAAUUGAACUCGUAUCUUCAUGUACAUUACUAAUUGUUGAACUCUAUUUCAAGCAUCUUGAGGAGGAAAAGAGAAUAAUCUGAUACAAUUCUUUUUGGAAAAAAAAAGGUUGAUAUUAUGAACAAUAGUUAUAAGUUAGGGGUAGAAGUGACAGCAGCACACGAUCUUGUACCUAGAGACGGUGAAGGUUCAUCGAGUGCCUAUGUAGAGCUCAAGUUUGAUGAUCAGAUAUUUCGUACUAGCACCAAAGAAAAGGACCUAAACCCCUUUUGGAACGAAACCUUUUAUUUCAACAUAUCGAAUCCAAACAAUCUUCCCAAUCUUACCCUUGAAGCCUUUGUCUACAGCUACAAUCAAUCAACCAACUCUAAGGUUUUCCUUGGUAAAGUCUGCAUCAAUGGAUCAUCCUUUGUGACUCACUCAGAAGCUUCUGAAUUUUAUUUUCCUUUGGAGAAACGACAUAUUUUCUCUCGUGUUAAAGGAGAACUUGGCUUGAAAGUCUUUAUCACUGAUGAUCCAUCCAUCAGACUAUCCAUGCCACCUCCUCCAAUGGAAUCAGAUCAUUUUCCAUUUUCUGAAGGUGGAAAUGAAAUCCCAAGAUCAUCUUCUAGGGAAACAAAGUCAAACUCAAGGCACACUUUCUGGAAUCUUCCGAAGCAGGACAACAACAACACCCAGAAGUCUCAGCCUCAAGUAACUCCAAUUACUACUUCAGCUCCUAAAUCUGAAACACAGGGUCCAAAAGUUAAGCAGGUAAAUCCAGGUAUUCCAGGACAGGCAUUUGAUUACAAGCUUAAAGAGACAAGCCCUAUGCUUGGUGGUGGAAGAGUUGUUGGAGGCCGUGUAUUACGUUCUAGUUACAAACCUGCUAGCACGUAUGACCUUGUUGAACAGAUGCUAUUCCUUUUUGUUCGUGUGGUAAAAGCUCGUGAACUUCCCACCAAGGAUCUUACAGGAAGCCUUGAUCCAUAUGUAGAGGUUAAAGUUGGGAAUUACAAAGGGGUUACCAGGUUUUUUGAGAAAAGGAAAGAUCCUGAAUGGAAUGAAGUGUUUGCUUUCUCUAGGGACCGUCUUCAGGCAUCUGUGUUGGAAGUUGUGGUGAAAGAUAAGGAUUUGGUGAAGGAUGAUUUUGUUGGGGUCAUCCGACUUGAUCUUCAUGAAGUCCCCACUAGGGUUCAGCCUGAUAGUCCGUUGGCUGCGCAAUGGUAUCGUCUUGAAGACAAGAAAGGGGAUAGGAGUAAUGAUAAUGGGGAACUGAUGCUUGCUGUUUGGUAUGGUACUCAAGCAGAUGAGGCCUUUUCUGAUGCUUGGCAUUCUGAUGCAAUUACCCCUCCUGAUAUGUCAGCUUCAGCUACUACACAUAUGCGUUCCAAAGUCUACCAUUCCCCUAGAUUAUGGUAUCUUCGAGUUAAUGUUAUCGAGGCUCAAGACUUGAUUACCUCAGAUAAGGGUAGGUUUCCUGAUUGUUAUGUUAAGGCACAGCUUGGAGCACAAACUUUAAGGACAAAGCCUGUUCAAACCAAGAUGGGAAACCCCUUUUGGAAUGAGGAUCUGAUGUUUGUUGCUGCUGAGCCUUUUGAUGAGCAUUUGAUCAUCACUAUUGAAGAUCGAUUAGGUCAGAGCAAAGAAGAGACCCUUGGCAAAGUCAGUAUCCCAUUAGCUGCUGUCCGUAAGCGUCCUGAUGAUAAGAACUUUCCUACUCAAUGGAUCAACCUUCAGAAACCGAGCUCUUCUGAUGUCGAGGAAGAGGAGAAGAGAGUUAGGUUUGCUAGUAAGUUACAUGCUCGUAUAAGCCUUGAUGGGGGUUACCAUGUCCUUAAUGAAUCUACUUAUUACAGCAGUGAUCUCAGACCAAGUAUGAAGCAACUAUGGAAAUCUUCAAUUGGUGUUCUUGAACUUGGAAUAUUGAAUGCUGAGGGACUCUUCCCAAUGAAAAGUAGAGAAGGAAGGGGAACAGCAGAUACCUUUUGUGUGGCAAAGUAUUGUCAGAAAUGGGUUCGUACACGAACAAUCAUCGACAGUCUUAGCCCCAAGUACAAUGAGCAGUACACAUGGGAAGUGUAUGAUCCUGCAACUGUCCUUACCAUAGGUGUUUUUGACAAUGGCCAUCUUGUUGGAAACAAAGACACUAAAAUCGGGAAAGUGAGAAUUCGAAUCUCCACACUUGAAGCAGGGCGUGUAUAUACUCACUCAUAUCCAUUGCUAGUCCUCCACCCUUCUGGUUUGAAGAAGAUGGGAGAGUUACAUUUGGCAAUUCGAUUCUCUUGUACAAACAUGAACAACAUGAUGUUUAUGUACACGAAGCCGCUUCUCCCAAAAAUGCAUUACUCUAGACCUUUGUCUUUGAUGCAGACUAACAAUCUAAGGGUUCAUGCUACUAAUGUCCUAGCCUCGAGGCUUAGCAGAGCAGAACCCCCUUUGAAGAAGGAAGUGGUUGAGUAUAUGUGUGAUGUGGAUGCACAUUUUUGGAGCAUGAGAAGAAGCAAGGCUAACUUCUAUCGCAUAAUCUCACUACUGCAAGGGUUGAUUGCAAUUGGGAAAUGGUUCACAGAUGUGUGUGCGUGGAAAAAUCCGGUCACAACUGUCCUUGUUCAUUUGCUUUAUGUGAUGUUGGUUUGUUUUCCCGAGCUCAUUCUUCCUACAGUGUUCCUGUACAUGUUUUUGAUCGGACUGUGGAAUUAUCGGUAUAGGCCAAGAAACCCUCCUCACAUGGACACAAGGAUCUCCUAUGCUGAUACUACAAUCCCAGAUGAGCUUGAUGAAGAGUUUGACACCUUUCCUACAUCGAGAGGCUCAGAGGUGGUUCGAAGAAGGUAUGAUAGACUCAGGAGCAUAGGUGCCAAAGUGCAAACUGUGUUGGGUGAUUUUGCCGCGCAGGGGGAAAGGGCUCAAGCACUGCUGAGUUGGCGAGACCCACGAGCCUCAGCCAUAUUUCUGACAUUCUGUCUUAUGGCUGCAAUUGUUCUGUAUGCUACUCCUUUCAAUGUUAUGGCUCUUCUUGGUGGUUUUUAUACCAUGAGGCAUCCUAGGUUUCGCAGUAAGUAUCCUGCAACACCCAUGAAUUUCUUUAGGAGAUUACCAGCAAAAACAGAUUGCUUGCUGUAAAUAGUUUAUCUUAUAGUAUAUAUAUAUAUAUAUAUAUAUAUAUAUAUAUAUAUAUAUAUAUAUA